UCAGCGGGGGGUGGGUUUAGUUGUUAGUUGCUACCCACAGCUCCCUGUUCCCCCUAAUCCUUUCAGACAACACGAACCGAACACCUUUCUCUCCCCCCACUCUCUCUCUCUCUCAUGACUCGCCACCGCUUCCUCGGCGGCGCCGGCUCGCCCCCGGACCCCAUCGCCGUCGACUCCGACUUCGUCGUCAUCCUCGCGGCCCUCCUCUGCGCCCUCAUAUGCGUCCUCGGCCUCGUCGCCGUCGCCCGCUGUGCCUGGCUCCGCCGCCUCUCCUCCCCCUCCUCCUUCACCGCCAGCGCCGGCGGCGGCCCUCCCCCACCACCGCCCCCCCCUCCGCCUUCCAAGGCCAACAAGGGCCUCAAGAAGAAGGUCCUCCGCUCCCUCCCCAAGCUCACCUUCACCUCCGAUUCCGCCGCCCGAUUCUCCGACUGCACCAUCUGUCUCGCGGAGUUCGCCGAGGGGGACGAAAUCCGAGUGCUGCCCCACUGCGGGCACGCGUUCCACGUGGCCUGCAUCGACCCGUGGCUCGGAUCGCACUCCUCCUGCCCGUCCUGCCGCCGGAUCCUGGUUGCCGCGCCCACGGUGUGCGAAAAGUGCGGCAAUUUGCCGGCCGCGACCCCGAGCUCGAGCACGAUCUCCGGCGCAGCUGAGGAGGAGUCCAGAAUGAGGCAAAGAGAAGAUAACGACAGUAGGUUUUUGCCGUAACACGAAUUCCCCCUCUGUGAAGGGCGGCUUCUCUUCCUCUUUCCUCUUGGGGCGUUUGAUUUAGAUAUGCUUAGCUUUAGCACGAAGAUGAUGUUCAUUGAUGUCAGGAUACGAUAGGUUAGUGUCAUAUGGUCAUAGGAAUCACGCGUGAAAAAGGGUUGAAUCUCAAGCUCAGUUUCAAUGGAAAAUUCAUGAGAUCAAGGUGUUUUUUCUU